AUGAAGGUUUCCAAGCUUCCGUACAGUUUUAAGCUACAGGAUGCUGGAGAGACCGAUGUCACAAAGGCCGAGCUGCCAGAUUGGUUGAACUCUCAGAUCGCCGAAGCCAACGCUUCAAGCACAAAGAGUUUAUUGGGCAAUGUUGAUGUUGGAAUGGUUACUGGGGAAUUGAAAAGCAAUGGAAAUGGAGUAAGUCCAUUUUAAUGUUAUGUUUAUUAUCUUUAGUAUAACCGAGAGUUUGUCGGCCAAGGAAUGUUCUCUAUGACAGCGCCUACAACGGCUCCGAAGAAUGGAAAUGAAGAUAACUUCAAAGACGACUAUGAUGUGGAUUACUUCUUCCCACCAACGAACAACCUGGAUCAGACUGUCGAUGCUAACAAUAAGUCAUAUGCUCAGAGCAUUGGAAUGAGACUACAUUUGGUGUUGAGGAAUGCAUCUUCAGAACAGGAAAGGUAAGGCAGUAUCUUCAAUUUUGAAUUAAAAAUAGGUGUUUUUGGGUUGCUUUGAAAACGUAGGAAAUGGGACUUUAUUAUUAUUAUGGUUAUAAGAGGGAUAAAAUUGUUAUUUGGAAAAAAGGCUACAAAACUGUUGGAAUUCUUCUAAAAGACCUUAUAAUUUUGAAUUAUAAUGUGGUGCAAUACAAGUCAAGUAAUUUAAGUAUUUUAGAAAAAUGAUAAAGGGCGAAUUCAACUCCUUACUGUACAGAUUUGAAUCCAGCUGCUGA